UCACCAGUCGUAGCGCAGCGGCUCCGCGAUGAAUAUGUCGAUGCGCGCGCUUUUUCUUUCGUUCUCUUGAUCUUUCUAUAAGCGCGCGAGUGAUCGAGCACGAUAUAGACGCGAGAGUUUUAUAGGCGAGAUGGAGAACGAGAAGAAGCACUACAAGCCCAAUCCCAAGCUGACGGCUAAUCCGUUCAGCAAAUUGUUCUUCUGUUGGUUACUGCCGAUUUUCGCCGAUGGAAGGGACCACGACCUCGAAGCGAAAGACCUGUACGAAGUGUUGCCGGAGAAUCUGAGUGAACCGAUUGCCGACAAACUCGAGAACUACUGGAACGUCGAGUUCGAAAAUGCGAGGAAGCAGAGUAGGAAGCCCAGCUUGCUGAGAGCCUUGAGGGCGACGCUGAAAUGGACGUUUCUGAAAUACGCGAUACACUUUUUCGUUUCGCAUCUCAUAUUCAAAACAAUACAACCACUGGCGGUCGGCUACCUGAUUUGGCACUUCGACGAGCGAUCGACCUCGAGCACAUUGGAGGGCUACGGCUAUGCGACUGCCUUUGUCUUGAUAACCAUCUGCGACGUGAUGCUCUUCAAUCAUAUGUGGUUCGGUUUAAAGUCGAUCGGCAUCAGCGCAAGAGUCGCCUGUGCUUCGCUUCUGUAUCGAAAGAUAAUGAGGCUUCCGCACUCGGCGAAGCAAGUUACCGGCGGCCGAAUAAUCAACCUGCUCUCGAACGACGUGGGAAAGCUUGAGUUCUGCUUCCUGUUCCUCCACAUUCUCUGGGUCCUUCCGAUCCAGCUAAUCCUAAUCACGUACUUAAUGUGGCGAGACGUAGGCGUCGCUUCGAUCAUAGGUGUUCUGGCGCUCAUUCUGCAAACUGUGCCCAUACAAGCCUUCAGCGGGCGGAUAAUCACGAGACUGCGUCGGAAAAUCGCCACGAGAACGGACGAGCGGAUCCUGCUGACCAAAGACAUCAUCCACGGUAUCAGGCUCAUCAAGAUGUACACCUGGGAGAAGCCGUUCGAGCAGCUUGUUUUCCAAGCGAGAAGGUACGAGAUCGAUGUCAUCGCGACGGCCUCGUACUUGAAGACCUUACUCUGGUCCAUAAUGGCUUUCGCCCAACGUACGCCGCUCUUUGUCACGGUCAUGAUCUACGUACUUCAAGGCAACAGCUUGUCGUCGUACACGGUCUUCACGCUCAUUCAGUACUUCAACAUACUGCACGUGAUGACCGGCUCGUAUUACUUGAGGGCCGUGAACACUAUCUCGGAAGCCGUAGCGUCGAUCAAGCGAAUGCAGGAAUUCCUGCUUCUCGAAGAGCAAGUAUCCAGCACUAAAACCUUGAAAUCCAGCGACGACAACACAAUCAUCUCGAUCGUCGGAGUGAGCGCCUCGUCGAUCGAAAAGUCCGACGUGAACUUCUUGCACGACAUCGACCUCUGCGUUCGGCGAACCUUGCUCUACGCGGUCGUGGGUCCAGUUGGUGCAGGAAAGAGCUCACUUUUGAAACUGAUCCUAGAUGAGCUUAGACCGGCUAGAGGCGAGGUUCAGGUCUAUGGCGAAAUAUCUUACGCCAGCCAAGAGCCGUGGAUUUUCAGAGGAACUGUCAAGAGUAACAUUCUCUUCGGCCAGCCGUUGGACGCUGACAAGUACGACAGAGUCAUUAAGGCCUGUGCACUUCUGGAAGAUUUCGAGCAGUUGCCCAAUGGCGAUGAGAGCAUAGUCGGCGAACACGGCGCAUCUCUGAGCGGGGGACAGUGCGCUAGAGUCGGUUUGGCCAGGGCAGUGUAUAGGGAUGCCGAUAUCUACCUACUCGAUGAUCCACUUUCCGCUGUCGACACCCGGGUUGGUAAGCGGUUGUUCGAAGAUGUCGUAAACGGUCUGCUCAAAGACAAGACUCGCGUUCUGGUAACGCACCAGCUGCAGUACUUGAAAGCGGCGGACGAAAUCAUCUUGAUCGAUAAAGGUCGAGUGGAGUAUCAGGGCGACUUUGCGAAUUUGCCCAAAACCGAGGAGCUGUUACAAUAUCUGAAUCUGAACGAGAGUGAGGACACGGAUUCGAAUAAGACAAAGUCAAUUAGUGAUCCGACGGAGUCGGUUCAUUCCCAAUCGAAUGCCGAAGUCGACGACGAGGAAAAAGCCGAACCAAAGGAAACCGAAAAACUGAUAGACAGUAGGACAACGCCGACGAAAGCCGAUGAAAACAAAAAAUCGAAUAAACCGGAAAUUACAGUAGAGAAGGGUAACACUUAUUGGCGAUAUUUCACCGCUGGCGGCUCCUGCCUUUUGCCCUUUACGACUUUCCUGGCCUUCCUAGUGGCUCAGAUCUUGUGCAGUGGCUGCGACUACUUCGUCGCGUAUUGGACGAGAAAACAAGAUGCUCAUCGUUACGCCUCACCGAACGCGACGGAGUUCGAUGCAGCGACGAGUCCAAAAAUAACUGGAAACUUGGACUCCUACACUGCAUUGCACAUUUUCAUGGGACUGAUGAUCGCCAUUAUAAUCAUGUCCGUGACGAAAAUGAUGCUGUACUGUACAGUUUGCAAAAAGUCGAACGAGAGAAUUCACAAUAGCAUGGCUGCCUGCUUGCUGAGAGCAACGAUGCCAUUUUUCGCUAAAAAUGAUUCCGGACAAAUCUUGAAUCGAUUCACCAAGGAUUUGGGAACCGUCGACGAACGAUUGCAGGCACUGAUGCUCGAGGCCAUCGAGUUCACUUUCAUCAUCCUCGGAGUGGUAUUUCAACUAGUUUUCAUAACCUGGUGGUUGAUUUUCAUUAUCGUGUUCAUGGGAUUUCUUUUCUGGAAAGGUAGAGUUGUCGCCAUCAAGACCACUCGAGAUUUGAUGAGAUUAGAGGGAAAAGCCAAAAGCCCAGUCUUCUCGCACGUAAACUCCUCUUUCGCUGGCAUAGUGACGAUUCGUUCCUGUCGAGCCCAGUCGAUGGUCUGUAAGCAGUUCGAUGCCCAUCAGGACCAUCACACAACCGCAGCUGCCAUAUCUCAAUAUGCUCUUCUGGCCUACAACUUCUGGCUUGACCUCAUCACACUCACGUUCACUACCAUCUUAACCUACAGUUUUCUGGUAUUCAAAAACGAAAUGACAGCCGGGGCAGACGUUGGCCUCGCCAUAACACAGGUUCUGAUCCUGUGCGGGAUAUUGGCCAGAGGUAUAAAGUUAACCGGUGAUAUCGAGACGCAGAUGGUGUCGGUUGAAAGGCUCUUUCAGUACACCGAAUUAGAACGAGAGGAUUCGCUGAAAAAUGGUGUUGGGCAGAAGCCGCUGAGCAAUUGGCCAAGUUAUGGAAAGAUCGUCUUCGAGAAUCUGUCGAUGAGGUACUCGUUGAAUGACCCGCCGAUUUUAAAGAAUCUGUACUUCACCAUCGAAGCUGGCGCGAAGAUCGGCAUAGUCGGCCGAACAGGCGCAGGCAAGUCAUCGCUCAUAGCCGCACUGUUCCGUAUGGCCCACAUCGACGGUUUGAUCCAGAUCGACGACGUUGACAUCCGCAAUCUUGACCUCAAGCAUCUUCGCAGUAAGAUAUCGAUCCUGCCACAAGAGCCUAUCCUUUUCUGCGUGACCCUUCGCAAGAACCUCGAUCCACUGGAAGAGUUCGAUGACGCGUCCCUAUGGUCAGCCCUCCAGGAUGUCGAGCUGAACAACUCAUUCAGUUCUCUGGACAUUCCUCUGAAUCAGAACAACCUGAGCACGGGUCAGCGCCAACUUCUUUGUCUGGCCCGAGCAAUCCUCAAACGUAACCGAAUUCUAAUCCUGGACGAGGCAACCGCCAACGUGGACAGCAGCACCGACGCUCUGAUCCAGAAGGCGAUACGUGCCAAGUUCAAGGACUGCACCGUCCUGAUGAUCACCCACAGGCUCAACACGAUUAUGGACUGUGAUAAAGUGCUGGUUUUGGAUCAGGGCAGGCUCGUAGAGUUUGACAGGCCACAGGUCUUGCUGAAGCUCAACGAUGGUUACUUCGCGAAGAUGCUGCCACAAAUGAUGAGCGUUGGGCCAACCGAGCAGCUCAAGAUCAUCCUGGACGAGGCGGUAGCCAAAAAGGAAUAAUGUCUUCAGUUUCAUCACCGAGUGGGCGAGGCGAUAGAAGUGAAAGCAGUAUUUUGUACAUUGUUAUAUAAAGUGUUUAAUUGUCAAGCAAAUUGAAGUACAAGAGAAAGAAAGACUUCUCAUAGAGAAAUAUUUUCUCGCGUAUCCACGAGCGUCCGCAUGCGUUGCGCAAUAUAAUGUAUAGCAUAAAGCAUCUCACUCGCGCGGAAAUCAGCGAAGACGACGCUAUCGGCCGAUAAGAGUCGCAAAUCACAACGACGAGGAAUUAACGGUGCGCAUUAUUUUUGGAGACAAGAUAGGACUUGGCUGGAGUCAUUUUUAUAGCCGCCGACAUAAAGACGUAGCGUGACUGUCUGCAUUAGAUUGAUAACGGCGCAGCUUGAUAUGACGAGUGCUGCAGUGUCGAUAUUAUCAGUGCAUACUCUCGACGACAUGCUGCCUUGUUGUUCAUUGUUUGCCAAUGGAUCUGCGUGUUUACAAACUACGGAGGGAAGAAAGUAAACAAAAGCAGUUUCAGAUAAUUCCUGAUUUCGACUUUUUGAGCAUUGUUUUUCAUAAUCGUUAAUUCCAAGACCUCUGUCUGUAUUAAAGGGUAUUUUUUAGAAAUCUUCUAAUA